AUGAGCAGUACAAAAUCAGAAGGUGCAGUCUCUACAUCGACCAAGACUAGUUGCAAGUCGAAAUGUGAUGGAACCAACACCAACAUUCGCCGGUAUAGGGCUUGCUCUGGGAGAGACGGAUGCUGCCAGAUUACGCUCCCCACAAAUCUUCAGGCCUUUAAUGUGAGUAUCAACGGAGGUGGACAACCGGGGUGCGAGUCCGCUUUCCUGGCUGAGCAAUCAUCGCUCUCGAAGUCGGGCCGUACGGAAUUAUAUGAUUUGAGAGUGAAUGAUACGGUCCCAUUUGUGUUACAAUGGGGGAUCCCAAUCAAUAACAACAAUACACGUGAGCUUCGAAGGAAAGCGAGGAGGUCUGAUGCUGUCUCCUGUUACGAGAGUAGCUUGCCAUAUGUGGAGUGCUGGUGCGAAAGUGGGUAUCAUGGUAACCCUUAUAUUAUUGAAGGAUGCCAAGAUAUUGAUGAAUGUGAAGAUUCAAAUAUAUGCCACAAGACAGGCUCGACUUGUGUAAACAAACGGGGCCGGUAUGAUUGUGUUGAUGGUAGAAAGACAGCCAAAUUCAUUGGUAUUGGGGUUGAGGCAGGCGUUGAAGCACUACUUUUGGGUAUUUUCUUAUGGAGGUUGUACAUAUACAUCAAGAAGAGAAAAGAAAUCAAGCUCAAAGAGAAGUACUUCAAACGCAAUGGAGGUCUUUUGUUGGAAAGUGAGCUAUCUUCACCACAAGACAAUGUUGAGAAAAGUAAAUUGUUUAACUCCAAGAAUUUAGAGAAGGCCACUAACAAUUUCGAUGAGGAUAGGAUCCUUGGGCAAGGUGGGCAAGGUACCGUUUACAAGGGAAUGUUAACGGAUGGAAAAAUAGUGGCGAUUAAGAAAUCAACAAUGAUAGACGAGGGAAAAGUCGAGCAGUUCAUAAAUGAAAUCCUCAUUCUCUCACAAAUCAACCAUAGGAACGUGGUUAAGUUAUUGGGGUGUUGCUUGGAGAUGGAAGUCCCGCUUUUAGUAUAUGAAUUCAUACCAAAUGGGACUCUAUACCAAUACCUACAUGACCCAAACAAAGAGUUUCAUGUAUCAUGGGACACACGUUUACGAAUUGCAACUGAAAUCUCAGGAGCCUUGUUUUACUUGCAUUCAGCAGCCUCCAUUCCCAUUUAUCAUCGAGACAUCAAGUCCACCAAUAUCCUUUUGGAUGAGAAAUAUCGGGCAAAAGUGGCAGAUUUCGGUACUUCUAAGUCUGUUUCCCUCGAUCAAACUCAUGUAACCACAUUGGUGCAGGGGACUUUCGGCUACCUUGAUCCCGAGUAUUUCCAAUCAAGUCAAUUCACAGACAAAAGUGAUGUGUACAGUUUUGGAGUUGUCCUUGCUGAACUCUUGACAGGCCAAAAGCCAAUCUCUUCACUGAGGGAACAAGAAGGAAGAAGCCUCGCAACCUAUUUCAUAAUUUCGAUGGAACAAAAUCACUUGUUUGACAUUGUGGAUGCUCAAGUUUUGAAAGAAGGUAAGAAGGAUGAGAUUGCAUUAGUUGCAAACCUUGCGAGAAGGUGCUUACACUUGAAUGGGAGAAACCGACCUACAAUGAAAGAAGUGGCAAUGGAGUUGGAGGGGAUAAGGAAGCUCCAAAAUCCUUCGGGCAUUCAACAAAAUCAAGAGGACCGUGAAGCAGUUGAAUCUUAUGCUGCUACUUUUCCAUCUAGCAAGUCAAACAUUGAUAUGGAUGUCAUUACACUUUCGGAUAUGCAGCCACUCUUGCCUAGUGCAACGUGGUGAAGACCUGUUUUGCCUCUCACACUUUAUGAGUCAUAUUGCUGUGCUUUUCAUGGAAAUCGGUGUUUGGAGCAAAACAAAGAAGGGAGGAAAACUUGUUCGUUUACUAAUAGGAGGACUUCGUUAGUUAUUAUUGUUUAUGAAUCAAUAAACUGUUACGUCAUACCUAUGCCAAAUUUAUUUAAGUCCUGUAAUUAGCUAGGCGUGAUCGUAC